CCUCCCCCGUCCCCGUCCGCCAUAUUGUGGCCGCCGCAGCUCGAGCCGGAGCCUGGUGACGAGCCGCCGGAGCCGGAGAUGGAAACCAUGGCAAGUCCCGCAAAGGAUAAGGAUAACUAUCGAAUGAAGAGUUACAAAAACAAAGCCCUAAACCCUGAGGAAAUGCGUCGGAGAAGGGAAGAGGAAGGGAUCCAACUACGCAAACAAAAACGAGAGCAACAGCUAUUUAAAAGGAGAAAUGUGGAACUUAUUAAUGAAGAUGCUGCCAUGUUUGAUAGCCUCCUCAUGGAUUCCUAUGUCAGCACUGCCACAGCUGGGGAGGGAGUGAUCACGAGAGAAAUGGUAGAGAUGCUUUUCUCAGAGGACCCUGAUCUGCAGCUAGCGACCACCCAGAAAUUCAGGAAACUGCUCUCCAAAGAGCCGAAUCCUCCGAUAGAUGAAGUGAUAAAUACUCAGGGAGUGGUGGACAGGUUUGUUGAAUUCCUGAAGAGAAGUGAAAAUUGCACACUACAGUUUGAAGCGGCGUGGGCUUUGACGAAUAUUGCAUCAGGAACCUCCCAACAAACAAAAAUUGUCAUUGAGGCUGGGGCAGUUCCUAUCUUCAUAGAACUGUUAAACUCUGACUUUGAGGAUGUCCAAGAACAGGCUGUCUGGGCGUUGGGGAACAUCGCUGGAGACAGCUCUGUGUGUAGAGAUUAUGUUCUUAACUGCUCUAUUCUUCCUCCCUUGUUACUGCUCCUCACCAAGUCCACCAGGUUGACAAUGACUCGAAAUGCUGUCUGGGCCUUGUCAAACUUGUGCAGAGGGAAGAACCCACCACCUGAAUUUGACAAGGUGUCUCCUUGCUUGCCAGUAUUAUCCCGAUUAUUAUUCAGCAGUGACUCCGACUUGCUGGCAGAUGCCUGCUGGGCACUCUCCUACCUAUCAGAUGGCCCCAAUGAGAAAAUCCAAGCAGUAAUAGACUCCGGGGUGUGUCGGCGACUGGUAGAGCUGUUAAUGCACAAUGAUUAUAAAGUAGCUUCCCCAGCUUUGCGAGCUGUAGGCAACAUUGUGACGGGUGAUGACAUCCAGACCCAGGUGAUCCUGAACUGCUCAGCUCUGCCUUGCCUGCUUCAUUUAUUAAGCAGCCCCAAAGAGUCUAUCCGGAAGGAAGCUUGCUGGACCAUUUCUAACAUCACAGCUGGAAACAGGGCUCAGAUACAGGCAGUCAUAGAUGCAAACAUUUUCCCAGUGCUGAUAGAAAUCUUACAGAAAGCAGAAUUCCGCACGAGGAAAGAGGCAGCCUGGGCCAUCACGAAUGCGACAUCAGGAGGAACCCCAGAGCAGAUCAGGUACUUGGUAAACCUAGGCUGUAUCAAACCUCUGUGUGACCUGCUGACUGUCAUGGACUCCAAGAUUGUUCAAGUGGCCCUGAAUGGCCUGGAGAAUAUCCUGCGGCUCGGUGAGCAGGAGGCCAAGCAAAGUGGCACAGGCAUCAACCCCUACUGCAGCCUCAUUGAGGAAGCCUAUGGCUUGGAUAAAAUAGAGUUCCUGCAGAGCCAUGAGAACCAGGAAAUCUACCAGAAGGCCUUUGAUUUGAUUGAGCACUACUUUGGAGCCGAGGAUGACGACUCCAGCCUGGCUCCCCAGGUAGACGAGAACCAGCAGCAAUUCAUCUUCCAGCAGCCUGAGGCCCCUAUGGAAGGCUUCCAGCUAUAAUGUGUUCAGAUGGGGAAGAACAUCACAAACUUGCCAGAAAUCAACUGGGAGCAGCCAGAGUUAGAGUCCCAUUUUCCCCCUCCUUACAAACAGAAGGCGCAAAUACCCACGCCACCCAUUAGGAAACAGUUCCUCCUUCGAGAACAGCUAGAAGCAAUGCUUUGCUCUCAUGGAAAGAAGGGGACUUUAUUUUUUACACUUUUUUUUUUGCUGCUGCAUACAUGUCUCUAAAGCAGGCACCAAGGUGGAGGAAGGACACAGAGGUAACAAAUUGCACCUCUUGUUUUAAGUUGUGGUGAUCUUUCAGAAAUAUUGUCACUUGUUACCUCGGGUACUUAAAUGAGAUUUCAGUGGGAGGGUGGGGAAAAAACACAAAUCAAAAGAUAAGCGUUUUCUUCUCUGACAACAUUAAUCCUGGAAGCUAGGGUUGAUCUAUUUAAUUUUUUUUUUUUUUUUUGCACAUCAUACUCUUUGUUAAAGACUCUCUAAUCUGCCAAGAGCAAUGUUUAGUCCCUCCCCUUUUCGCAGCUCUCCUUCAGUGGACCGCACCAUUGGACAUGGGCCAAGUUCCCCUUGAAACAUACUGUAAAUGGACAAAGGAGAAGUGGGAAGACUUUUCCUGGAGAGGGAUUUUUCCCUUUGUUUAAAAAUAUUUUUUUCUUUUUUAAAGAACUGUUAUUGGUAUUUAAAAAAAAAACAAAACAACAAAACCCCAAAGAUGGUAAUUGUGAAGAGGUGGGGAAGAUGUUUUUGGUGGUCUUUUGAACAGAGGAAGCACAGCUGCUGUUGCACGGGCUUCACUUGCAUUGCUACUGAUUGAAGUCACAGAACUGUUGAAAUCCAUCUUCAUCUUUACUUGAAAAAUUUUUCAUGAAAACAUGUAUUAAGAUUUGGAUUUUUUUCUGAAUGGAUGGGGUGGGGGUGGAUUGUUGUAUGGGUGGGGAGGAAGGAGGGCAUAGCUACACUUGACAGGAGCAUUGUGUGCGGUGUUAACUCCAGUAGCAAAGGGCCUGAGUUUUCAGGAUUACUUUCUGCUCACAGUUGGAUCAUGUACAUUUUACUUCAAAAGGAAGAGUCAAAGCUCUGUAUUUUUUAUAUAUUAUAUAUAGGUAGAUAUUUGUCUAAUUGGCUUCAGAGAAAAAUAUAUAUGAAAAUUCUGUAAUUUAUGUAAAUAGAAUACUGUGAGGCAGGUACACCUGGAAAUGAUGGUCUAUGAACUCACUCACUGGUUGUCCUGCUGCUUUUCCUCUGUUUACUCACGUACUGUACAAGCAAACAUAGAUUUGUCUUAAACUCCUUUUCCGGAUUGAGUUUACUUAGCCAAGAGUGAUAUAAAACACAAUAGGCUAUGGAAAACCCAAACAAUUUUGGGAUUUGAGGGAAGGGGAUGGGAAAACAUGGUUCACCAAGGUGUCUAAUAGGCUUGCUGUGUGCAUCCCCUCCCUGUUCUUGCUGUCCUAAGCAAGUGCAAGUUUGGAAGCAUUUGGGACUGGGAAUUUCAAGAGGGUAAGAAACAAAGCAUGGUGCCAGUUGUUGUAUGAAAUCAAGAAAUCCAAUUUCACAAGUCCUUCACGUUUAAAAAAAAAUAAUAAACAACAUCUGUGCAUUUGACUGGUGGCUGGCUGUAGCUAGAGUUAUCUCUAAAUGGUAAAGUUCCUUUAUCACUUGCUGCAGUACAAGUUUGGGGUGGAUUAUUUAACAUUAGAUAUAGCCUUGUGGCUCGUGUGGAAAGCUUAGCCAUGGAGUACUGGAGUGCUGUGCCACUGGAGUAUCUGGAGAAACCUACCAGGGAGCUUGGACUCCUAGCAAGCAUGUUAAAAUUGGAACCUUUGCUUAUCUGUGAAGAAUGAAACUGAACAUUGUAUUUUUAAAAAAUGUAUUAAGGUUUGAGAGUUAACUUGUCAAGCCACUUACAUUAGCCCAGUGGCUCACUCACAUGCCUCUGGCUAGUGUGCAUCCCCUCCUUCUCUUUAAACAGAGUGGGGAGAAAUGUUUUUGUCUGUCCUCUAAAGCAGUGGUUCUCAAACUCGGGCUGCUGCUUGUUCAGGGAAAGCCCCUGGCAGGCUGGGCAGGUUUGUUUACCUGCCAUGUCUGCAGGUUCAGUCAAUUGUGGCUCCAGGCCAGUGGGGGCUGCAGGAAGGGUGCCCAGCAUGUCCCUCAGCCCAUGCUGCUUCCUGCAGCCCCCAGUGGCCUGGCCAGUGGGAGCUGCAAUCUGCUGAAUCUGCAGACGCAGCAAGUAAACAAACCAGCCUGGCCCGGCAGGGGCUUUCCCUGAACAAGUAGUGGUGCUAGUUUGAGAACCACUGCUCUAAAGCUUGGGUUAGCUGCUGAGAAGGCUUGUGUACUGAGGCUUUUAUGAAAGAAAGGUUCAUUGUGUAGUUCAGUGUAAUAUGUAUUGGGGUAGCUUGUUAAAGGAGAGCAUACAAAUUAAAAUCUCUUCUAAUGGAUCCUUAUGCAGUUGAUGGAAGACCAAGAAAUUUAAGAGAUCUGGAUUUAUAUUCAAAUUCAAGCCUUAAGCAGAAGGCUAGGUCUCAAAUAUCAUCAGUAUGAUGGCAGAGUAUAUUCCCAGAAUCUGGGAUGAUCCAGGGGUCAGCCUACCUACAAUCUAACUGGUCCAGUCUCAUUCAAGAGUCUUGCUUGCCUCGAGCUUUUUUUAUUCCCUGCAUUAAAAAUAUCAGUGAGCAACUGAGGGUUAAGUGACACUUACACACAUGGGUGUUCUAUCUUUCUCUUAAUUUUUUUUUGUGGGGAGGUGUGUGUGUAUGGGUUGCUGCUAUUUUUCCUUCUGCUUAUAGGCCUUUCAGCACUAGCAUCAAUGAUGUUUUCCAUGGCCAUGCAUACGGUACUUUAGGUUCUAGGACGUACCCUAAAGCUCGAUUGUUGCACUGACACCUUUCCCUCACCUCUUCUCUUCCUGUAUCUGCAUAUAAUCCAGCAGUGGAUUUGGAAGAGAAUCAGAUGCUGUAGCAAACUGCUUUGCAGGGAUCAUUGAAACUAAAAAAUUCUGCCCUAAAUCAAUGUAUAAGCAGGCACCUACUUUGUAGAGUAGGUAAAGAAUGUGGGUGGGUAAAAAGAGUUGUUCUGCAUGGUUGUUUGGGAGACCUUCAGGGGCUGGAUGUGGUAGCCAGGCUGCCUGAAAGCCUGCAGGGGGGAGGGUGGGCUAAAUCUGCAGAAUCAAGCUGUUUAUCUGCAGAAAAUACCCAGUUGUUGACUAGGAACUGUUUCCAAGUGAAGGGCUUCAGAGGAACAAAAUUCAUAUGAUCUGCUUUAUGGAGACAGUGAAAUUCACUAUGGAAUUGAACAGUUCUCCAAUCAAUAAAACCUUAUUUUAAGCUUAGGGUAAACAUAUUCAGUGUCUAAUUUUUUUUACCAAUUAGUCUCUGGAUAUUAAUAUUCUAUUUGAAAUUUGGAUCUACAGCCAAGGGAAGUUUAAUAACUUUGAAACCCAGAACUGGAGAAGACUUGUGUGGGACUGUCCUGUUUCCCUCCUCCUCAGCUCUGUCUCCCAUCAGGCUAAGUCUUUCUGUGAUAUCUGGUCAAUACUAAGCCCAUCUUGCUUUUACCCUUCCAAAAAGGCUCCCUCUUUGGCAAAUGAAAAGCAGUAAGCUAUCCCUUCUAUUGACAGGUUCUGUGUGGAAGGCCUUAUGAGGUAUGUUUCAAAGCCAUCUGUGACCCCAUGAUCCCUUAACUCAUGAGGAAGACAUUCUUGGAGCUGCUAUUCCACCAGUCAGCUAUCUGAGGUGUUAUAUUCACCAGAGUACUAUAUUAGGUCUGUGGUGAAGAGAACAUAUCCUUCAAGGAUAGAGCCCGAUACCCCCAUGGCUUUAGGACUGCAUCUCUGUAGCAAAAAGGUAACCAAACUAGGUAAGAUCUUGAUUCAUCCACAAUCUUAGUCUUCUGAUGUAAAUCACUUAAGCUACAGUUUUGUGUUCUAUGCAUUACCUCAGGACCAUGCAAAAGAAAUGAAGCUCUUCGCUCCAUUGGAGCUUCUUCCAUUCAUGGCAGCACGAAGAAGCAUUUGGAUCUGCUUUGCAAGGUUGCUUUUUAAAUGAGACUUUUGGCUCCUGAAAUAAGAUUGAAGCGAAAUGAUGAACUACCUAACAAACUUGUGGCAAAAGCUGCAGAGGUAGUAAGGAUGGCUUUUUGUUUAGAGUGGGCCUACUAUCUUCCUGCUGUGAGGAAGCUUGCUUCUUUCCUUGAUGGCAAGAGCCAUUCUUACACAUAGCUGUGAACUAUGGUCUGGGUUAAAACUCCAGCCUUCCCUUAAGAACCACAUAAGUGAAUUCUUAAGCCCAAGCCACCUGUUGAGGUAUUGCUCCUUAUAAUUAGCUUGACAGCUUUUUAUAGAAAAUGGUGGAUAAUUAGGUUACCAAAAAAACCUUGCACCCUGCUGUCCCUCUCCUUCCCCCCCAACAACAAAAAAAAAACAAAAAAAACACAAAACAAAUCUUAAGGCAUCACUUCCUGCUGUCUUCUGAAUCUGAACUUUACAACUGGUAUUAGGGAACAAGUUUUUGGCUUUUGGAAAGCUGCUCUUGCAGAGUGCAGGAGAAUCCAUGCUGAUGUCAACCUUGUUGAAUUUAUGCUAAAUAUCUGUAGAUAAGCUCUCUCUCCAGAACCUCCACAAAUGCUGUUCUGGGGUGUGCCAUUUGAUUUUUAACCAACAUUCAUCUCUUCCCUUCCCUGCCCCCCUGCAUUUAAGCUACUUCUAUUUUUGUCAGCUCACAAGUGCCACUUAGAUCUACAAGAGAUGUUGAAAUUUAAGCAUUCAUCUUGUAGGUCUACUUUUAUUUGAAUAUUACUGUUUUGUUAAGAAAAAAAGGCCAUACAUUGUUUAUCAGUAUUGCAUACAGUGACUGCACUACAGACUGCGCCAACCCCUUCAGUUAACCUUAGUGCUACUUUUGUGCUGUCAGCAACUGGGGCAUCAUAAAUCCCCCUAGGUCUGGUAUCUACUUCAUACACUUAUCUUCUGGGACCACCAUAUCUUAACCUCCAAAGUGUUUUGGGAGCACCUAUUAUUUCCUGCAUACUAUAUUGCUCAGUAAUUGUGCACAUCUAGCAUACCUCCAAGUGUGGUAUACCCAGUGGAUGCUAGCUAUAAAAACUAGCUCUACUAUUCUCAUGUAGGGACUUCUGCCUGUUGGCAGUACCUCCUUUUUAUUGGUUACCUAGAACAAUAGCACUACAACCCAGCAGGAAAGCAAUAUCCACACACAACAUGUUGGGGAUAAUUUGAGGAAGGGUCCUCAAGCAAGCAUGCAAUUACAGUUAACUGCUAGUGUUUGGGGUUCUCUGGUCUCUAGUACAUGACUAGGGUAGAUAACUGAUACAAUUAACUCUAAGUAUUUAGCAGAAGUUUAAUCUGUGCAGUUAUACUGGAUCCCUUGCCUGAUAAUUCUGUCAGAACUCUGCAUGUAUCAUAACCUGAAGCACUGAGGUUUUCUUUUAAUUCCUAGACCAGCCUCUUCAACACUAUACUGCAUUAAACAGCACAAUCUCUUCUCUCAUUAGCUGUCUUGGUAUGUUUUCACAAUCCAGUUAGGUCAACAUUCAUGAGUUCUUCUUUAAAGGUGCAGUAAAGCUUCAACUACAACAGUGUCGAACCAAGGAGUCCCAAAGGGGAUUAUAACACUGAUGUAGCAAAAAAUGGAAGAUCCAUUGAUGCAGAGGCCUUGUAUAAUACUAAAAACUGAUCCAAAUUCUAGUGUUAAAAUGGUCUAAAUCCAGACUGACUUCAGUUUGGCUCUAUAUUUAGCCAGGUUACAGAUACUUGCUAAUAUGUUGCAAAUUACCAGUGAUGUCUAAGCAAAUUACUACUUUCUCUUGACUAAAGUAAAAUUCUUUGGUGAUCAGAAAACAGUCUUAAGGCUGCCCACAGUAGGUACCAUUCUGUUGUCCUGUCACAUACAAAUGUGAGGACCAUAUCUCAGUGGAGUUUAGGAUCUUCUCAGCCAGAUGUGGAGAUUAAAAUCUCCACUGUUAGAUUUCCUAAUCCAGAAACAUUGGGGCCUGUAUGGCAUGCUGUAGAGCAGCACUAGUGCUGAGCUUGCAUUCCCAACAGCAGUCUCAUUCUGAAAGCUGAAUUGCCUCAGACUGGUGUGGCAGACUUCUCCAGAUUAAGGUGGUGAGGGGGCUAAAGGCUGCUGGUUCAUAUCAAAAUGAUCCCUUUCGAAUUACUCACUUUAGGGCAAAGCAUCCCAAGCUUAUAGUAUCUCCAUCGGUUAGAGCAUUAGAAUUAGCUAGUCAGUCUAAACUUCUAGUCUUUCUCCUUUGGCCCUGUGUUAAUGUCAUCUUGAAUACUUUAUUGCUUCAGUUUGGGGUGAAGAUUUCAUCCUUUUACUGUGUGGAGCUUGGGCUACUUCAGUUAACCUAGAGCAAAUAAGCUCUCGGUAUUGUCUGAAUUUGAUCAUAGGAUGUGUUAUAUAUCCUCCUUCAGGCAGCAGCAGUCAGAACACCCAGCAGCUGUCUGCACAACAGAACUGGUGCAGUGACAUCAAAAGAGGCCUAAAGGAGGUGGAGCUCUUCAUCUGAAUCCUACUUUCCUUUCCUUCACUGGAGGUGCAGAACUAGUUUCUCUAGUAAAUCUGAACUCUUGCUUGCCACUUACCCUUCAUUUAUUACAGAUAUGGUAAACUCCUGAGUGAACAAGCCUUUUAUCAGCACAGCUCUCUGCAAACUCCAGUAUAAUCUAACUGAAUUUGUUUUAAGAAAUGACCACCUACAGCCAGUGUUGUGACUGAUCAGGAUUUUAAAAUCCCUUCUGGGGAGCACAGGAGGAGAAGAGAUGGGUACAGCUGUCAGACCUCUAGCUACAAUACUGGGCUGGAGAAGACUACUGAAGAAUUAAUAGUAUUUUGGAAACUUUCCUCAUCAGUUCUGGAUCCUUCCUUGGAACAAUCCAGGGACCCAAAAACUGAAGAUGUCUAUUUUU